AUGCCUCGGAUCGUACUUGGGACUGGUGGCUUCGAAGGCCUGUCUGGAAAGGUGGGUAGAGCCGCUAUGCUGGCAGCCCUGAAGAUGGGGUAUCGUGGAAUCGACACGUCCGAGAUGAAUAGGAACUUGAUUGACAUCCGAUGGGCCUGCCAGCGAGCCGGUGUGGAUAGGAAGGAUCUGUUCCUGGUCUUGAAGAUACCUCCCUGGAGCCAUGGGUACGACGGGGUCCUUCAAUCCUUCCGCAGGCAGACCAGCCAGUUGCGUCUCGACUAUGUUGACCUGGUGCUGAUUCAAUGGCCACACGUCUGGUCCCUGGAGCAGCGCGACUGGGGUCCGGCACAAUGGAGCAAGGCCAACCAGACGAAAGCUUCCAUGCGCCGAGAAUCCUGGAAAGCCAUGGAAGAGCUUUUCAAUUCCGGCCGAGCCCGUGCAAUCGGAGUCAGCAAUCAUACAAUCGAUGACAUGGAGGCAAUUCUUCAGGGCUGCGCCGUCCCACCCAUGGUAAUGCAAGGAGAGUCCCAUCCGCACUGGCCAAACAGGCCGGUACGUGACUGGUGUCGGAAGCACGAAAUCAUUUUCCAGGGCUAUGCGCCCUUUGGAGGGCAAGAGACGGAUCAGAAUUCUGGGCAUCGCGCUGUUGACGAUGACGUGGUGCACUCCGUGGCCACGAGGAAUGGCCUAACCCCAUUUCAGGUUUGUAUGCAAUGGAACCAGGCACGCAACUCCAGCACCGUGGUCAAGUCAAAGAAUAUCUUGCACCUGCGCGAAAACCUGGCCGCUUGCAACCAGAGGUUAUGUGCCGCAGCAGAUUUGGGAAGAAUAGACGAGAGAGCAAAAGAAUUCUUGAAGUAUGGUCCCUGCUACUGGGGCCACAACGACAUGGACUACAUGCAUCCGUGGAAGGACGAGGAGAAGAUGCUGGAAUCCAUGUUCUCAGAUGGAGCCCUUGAAGCCG